CGUGAGCCACACAUACACACACACAUACACACCUGUGGCUGCGUGUGUGUGUGUGUGUGUUGAACGGUCCAGACCGAGCCGCGGAUGGCUUUGGUCACAAUCCAGCGCACCAUCAGCACCCCGGACGAUUCCAGCUCGGACACGAAUAGUGCAGACGAUGAGGAGGCGCUCAAAAUAACCAACGGCCCUAGCGAAUGUCCGAACACCGCCAGCGAGGGGACCGGCGCCUUCAUGAUAGGGCCAAACGAGCGGCUUCGUGCGUCGUACGAGGAGCAGAGUGGCGUCACUAGCAACACCUCCAACGUCAGCACUGGUGAUCCACCGAACGGCAAUGGCGGCACCGACGUCACCGAUAGCAAGCUCGAUUGCUCCAGCCGCCCGACGUCGUCAUGCAGCAGUGGCAGCAGUUCGUCCUCCUCCGACAUCCAGCAACACCUGCAGUCGAUGUUCAAUCUACUGCGGCCGGAGGAAACGCUCAAGAUGGCCGUGAAGCUGGAAUCCCUGCGACCGGGUCGCACCAGGUACCUGGUCGUGGUGUCACGCACGGUCUCAAGCAAGCGCCAGCUACCCGGUGCAAUCGGCAACAUCUCCUCCACGACAUGGCCAUUGGCGGUAACGGCCACCGGAGCCUCGCAGCAGUCAAGCAGACCCUGCUCGGCUCUGGCUUCAGCGCUAGCGGCCGACACGUUUGUGUCCAGCCUGGAAAAUUGUGUCCUCAGCACACCCGGCGGUGUUCGGCCACCCGCACCCGGUGCUCACCCGCCGGGUCGCAGUGAUAAAUGUGAUAAUAAAAGUAAUAGUAAGUUAGGUAGUAGCGGCUCAGGACCCUGCGGUGGUGUGAUCGUGGGGGACGUAGCACCUGGUGGUGAGGAUCAAUCCGACCAUGGUGUUGUGGGGUCGACGACAGGUGACGAGCGAGACUGUGCUGGAUCCGGGCAGGCAACAUCUGCGUCACAGAUUAGCAGCAGUUCCUCGACCGGUGCUGGUGGCAAGGAGAUCGAAGAGUCCUGUCUGCUUGGGAUUGACUGCAUCGAACGAACGACGGUCGGGUUGGUGUUGAAAGUGCUCGCAGACACCUCGAUACGGUUAGAUGGCGAUGGUGGGUUCAGUGUGAGCUCAUGUGGCAAGCAGCACAUCUUCAAACCGGUCUCAGUGCAGGCGAUGUGGUCCGCACUGCAAUCACUGCACAAGGUGUCGUCAAAGGCACGCGAGCACAACUUCUUCGCCGGUGGACCUUCACAUGAUUGGGUGGCGUACUAUGAAACACACAUCGAUUCCGAUCGGUCCUGUCUGAAUGAGUGGAACGCCAUGGAUUCGCUCGAAAGCCGUCGACCGCCAUCACCGGGGUCGAUCCGCAGCAAACCGACAGCACGCGAGGAAACAGAAAGUGUGAUCAGAUCCAAGCUCAAGGAAGUGAUGAUGUCGGUGGAUCUUGACGACGUCACGUCGAAGUUCAUUCGUGGUCGACUGGAGGAGUUGCUCGACAUGGAUCUGGGCGAGUACAAACCGUUCAUCGACGGUGAGAUGCUUGUCAUCCUCGGGCAGAUGGAUGCACCGACGGAGAUCUUCGAUCACGUCUAUCUCGGGUCUGAGUGGAACGCGAGCAACCUUGAGGAGCUGCAGCGUAAUGGAGUACGCCACAUCUUGAACGUGACUCGUGAGAUCGAUAACUUCUUUCCCGGGUUGUUUCAUUACUUCAAUGUGCGCGUGUACGACGACGAGAAGACAGACCUGCUGCGGCACUGGGAUAAUACGUUCAAGUACAUCACACGCGCCAAAAUGGAGGGCUCGAAGGUGCUGGUACACUGCAAGAUGGGUAUCAGCCGGUCAGCGUCGGUUGUGAUCGCCUACGCGAUGAAGGCAAACAACUGGGACUUCGAACAGGCAUUGCAUCACGUGAAGGAGAAACGGAGCUGCAUCAAGCCGAACAAGAACUUCCUCAUGCAGCUCGAAACGUACCAGGGCAUGCUGGAUGCGAUGAAGAACAAGGAGAAGCUGCAGCGCAGCAAGAGCGAAACGAACCUGAAGCUAGCUGGUGCGAAAGAAGGCCGCUCGCUGCCGGGAAGUGAACCAACACCUUUAAUACAAGCGUUAAAUGGGGCUGCAGGUGCUGGCGGACAAGCGGGUGGUCAAACCGGAAGUCGAAAGCAAACGCUUGCCAGUGCACAGCUAGUGGUGGUGGCUGCACGUGACCAACGGGCAGAUGAGAUCGUCAUAGCUCCAAUAGCUGGCGAUAAGGACGAAGGACGACUUGGAGAGCUCUCUGCCCCAGCUGGUCCUGAUGAAGUAGAUGCUAGAACAUGUCGGGGACGGCCACGAUUGCGCAAUUCCAGCAAGGUGCAACCUCCAGAGCCAUCAUUGACACUGCUUCCAGCACAUGAGCAAAAUGAGGAGUCGACGUUACCCACCGAGCUGCAAACAGACACCAAGCAGCUCACGAAACGAACCGUUGCGCCCAGUCUCAGCCUCUCGGGGGCGAGUUAUAAGCCUUGGACACUCGGUGAAGCCACUGCGAGUAACUGGCCCGUUCAAGGACGCGCCUGCAAUCGUCCUUCCAGUGCUCUCAAACGCCACAAAAGUUUGUCCCCCGACUCGUUGCAUCCGCGAUGGCCAAGCCCGGAUAGUGGAAUCGCACUGGCCAUGGCCACACCAGAGGCGGUGAAGGCCUCCCGAACACGCACCAUGCUUGGGUUGGACGAAUCGAUUGAAUCAGCGGCCGCAUUCGAGGGUCCAGGAGCAACACCCGGAACGGGACGCCGGAAGCAGCAGAGUUACUCGCUCGAACACCUGCACGGUUCGCUUGAGAUGCGCUCACCCUGCACGGAGACGAAGACAAUUCGGAUGCCGUGUGGUAAUGGGCAGAAUUACAGUGUCUCACCGAACCAGAUAGUACACCUGCAGGAUAAGCUACCGGGGCGGGGCGGUUUGCGAGACACGGCACCAUUGGCCUCUACACCUGGAGGGCCGCAGAGGAUGAAUAGUUUUUUGAAGAAGAUUUUCCUCGCCAGCAACAGCCCAACGACCGCCACCACCACCAGCAGCAGCGAGAGCGGCAGUAGUGGCCAAUCGGAAGCCCCGAUUCCGGUUCAACCCCAGUCGUCUGUUGCAUCAACCGUGCCAUCAACACUGCCGUUAUCGGCCACAACCACAGCUCCAGUAGCUGGAUCGUCCUUUACCUCUUCGGUGAAGACGAUGGUCAGUGAGCUGGAGUGUAACAGCAGCAGUACGAGUGGUGUUAUACCGAUCGCUCCUCCACUGCUGCCCGACACAGCCCCAGUGGCGACGUGUGGUGUCCCGAUACCGAUCGCAUCCGUGGCCGCUGAGGCCGCCGCAGUUGCAGUUGCAUCUGCCAUCCGGGAGGCUUCGCGUAAGGACGCACAAGGAGGUGGUAACACACUGGCCAAAGAGGAGGAUGUUGAGGUGAAACCGACUCGUCCUGACUCACUGGUGUGUGGUGAAGCGAGAGAUGAUGACAGUACGAACCACCCAGAACAGUGGGAUCCUGGAGAGGGUCCUGGACGGGAGCCUAUCUGCUGGACAUCCUCGGCUCAGAUCAUACGUCAAUCUUCGGCCGGUUCGUUUCCAGACCAACCGUUGGAUGGGUGUGGGAGUGUCGAGAUUUGUGAGGCUCCAUCCGCCGGAAGUGAAGGUGUUGAAAGCGCUGUCACUCUGUCGAAGAGCGUGCUGGAGGAGUGCGAACCUGCGAACCGAAAGGACACCGGAAGAGCAAGCACUGUGACGCGUCAGUGCUCCUGGAGUAGCUGUGAUUCGAGUUGUACCGUUCCUGGAACCAGCCAAAGUCUACCAGGAGCUGGUAAACGUCGUACCACGAAGCCUCAUUCCAGCGCGACGACGAUACAACCGUCCGUGGAACAACAGGAACCGCAGCUGUUCACGAACACCGACCGGGAGGAGAUUCCUUGGCAUCCUGGAACGGUGAAACGCACGAAGGAACGCAUCGAGGAGCGUAACUCACACACGGCUGCAGCUGGUACGCUCAAGUGGGCAACACCUGCGACGACCUCCAUCGAAAAGUGCACACCCUGUGGCCAUUCGAGUAGUGCGGAGGUGUUACACCCGGCCGGAGAGUCACGAACGGCCGCGCAUACUGAUGAGCACGUUCAUCCGGGAGGUCAUCAUCGGAAUCGGAACCGAAAGGGGAUGGUAUCGACGAACUACGCGCGCCUCUCAGCGUCGGCCCCCGACUCAUACAACAUGUACGCGGAGGCGAGCAGUCGAACCAUGGGUUUAAGCGCACCAACAACCGAUCCAGGAACGGCUAAGCAGCAACACAAACUGAGCCACCAGCAAUCGUUCAGCUGCUCCAGUGAAGGAUCACGAUCCAGUUCCACUUCGUACUGCUUGCCAUUCCGGUUGAGCUUUCGAGGAGGUGAUUCAGGUGCAGGACAACACCGCCAGCAACAGCAAGAGGCCGAUGUUGGGCCAGGUGGCACCGACGAGGAGUCCUUCAACGCCGGAAAGGUGCGCAACCUGAAGAUGAGCUUCGAAGCGAAAUCGAAUGACCGCCGCCGGGAGCAGAAGAAGGUCCGCUCGCUUCCCUCAUCCCCUGUCGCCGUCCACGUGUCCAUGGGUCAAUCGAAACCGGUCGCUGAUGGCACCGGAACACAACGGAACCAUCCGUUGGCUUCUUCUCUUGUAGGGCAGCAGCCAUCGACGAGUGUCACCAUCACGACGAGCAUCACCAGUACGACGUCUAACCCGCCGACAACGAGCACGACGACAUUCGUGUCGUCUGCGACAACACGCAGCAGAAGUACGGCUCAAACCCCACCUGAGGAUGUGACCGUGAGGGAUCUGGUAGACCGGUACGAGGUGCAUGGUCCGCGGAUGCGUGGUUCUACUGGUAGCUCCACGUUGACGCGUACUCAACGGCCUCGCUCGGUGUUCGAGCCUCUCAAGGGAGGUAAACCCUUCACUCAGGCACAUCCUCUAUCGCACUCCACCACGCAACUACGGCUGGAUGAGUCCUCUCGACCACCUGUUCCUCCGCUAGUCCGUGGACUCGUCAUACCACCGGUGGGAACAGGACCUUCUGCACCUCAACAACUGAACAAUAACAACAACAGCAGCAACUACCCGUUACAAGCGGCUCGGAGUGCUGCUGUCGGUGUUAACGCCUCCAUCGUAACAGUGCCAGGUGGAGUUAGUGCGAAGAACAAUAACAACAACACCCCUAUCGUGGUGGCAGCAGGUGGGCCUGAAGGGCUCGCUAAUGCUGGAGGAGGAGGAGGAGGUGUUAAGCGAACACAGCAACAUGGACGAACGCAUCCACUGGCCAAAAUUAACCCAGGUGGGCGGCAACUUCACCAUCACAAUAACCAUCAUCACGUGCAUCACCAUCAUCACCAAUACAACCUCGGGCAGUUGCAGCAGCAUCGGCUUGCAACGACUCAAGGCGCAGGUGUGUCGGGAACACCUGGAGCUGCUAACGCUUACAACACGAUGUGA